AUGGCCACCAACGGAAUAAGCAAGGCUUUAAAACUUCAGUUUGGGCUCAUAAACCAUGAUAACCGCUACCUCACAGCUGAGUCCUUCGGCUUUAAGGUGAAUGCCUCCAGCUCCAGCAUGAAGAAGAAACAGCUCUGGACACUGGAGCAAGACAAACGGGACGGACAGGUGGUUCUCCUGCGCAGCCACCUUGGCCGCUACCUGUCCGCGGACAAGGACGGCAGGGUGAACUGUGCGGCGGAGGCGCCCAACUCUGACUGCCGCUUCCUGAUCGCGGCGCAGCUGGACGGCCGCUGGGCCUUACUGUCCGAGCCCCACCAGCGCUACUUCGGCGGCUCAGAGGACUUCCUGUCCUGCUUUGCUCAGGCCAUCGGCGAGGCCGAGCUGUGGGCCAUCCAUCUGGCCCUCCACCCUCAGGCCAACCUGCUGAGUGUGGCGCGCAAACGCUACGCCCGUUUGUCUGCCACAGCCGGCGAAAUCACCAUGGACAGCGACAUCCCCUGGGGUGUGGACUCCCUGAUCACUCUGGUCUACACGGAUGGAAAGUACUGCCUGAAAACCUGCGACAACCGCUUCCUGAGCAGCGAGGGCAUAUUGCUGAAGGAGUAUGAGCCACACGCCAGUUUCACGCUGGAGCUCAGAUUGGGCAAGCUGGCUUUCAAAAAUAUUAAGGGCAUGUACCUCGCCCCAGUGGGGCCGGCAGGUACCCUGAAGUCGGGGAGGUGUACAAAGCCAGGCAAACACGAGCUUUUUGAUCUGGAGGAGAGUCAUCCACAAGUGGUGAUCCAGGCAGCCAACAAAAGAUACGUCUCUAUCCGUCAAGGGGUCAACAUCUCAGCCAAUCAGGACAUGGAAACAGACCUGGAGACUUUUCAGAUGGAAAUCGAUAAGGAGACAAGGAAAUGCAUGUUUAAAACUAACGAGGGAAGUUACUGGACCCUCGUUAGUCAUGGAGGCAUCCAAUCCACAGCCACAGACAUCGAAGCCAAUGCAAUGUUCCACAUUGAAUGGCUCGGCCGGGCAGUGGCUUUAAAGGCAAGUAACAGAAAGUACAUCUCCACCAAAGGAAACGGACAGCUGGCAGCUGUGGGCGACACUGUGGGUGACAGCGAGCUCUUCCAGCUGAAGCUGAUUAACCGGCCAAUCCUUAUCCUGCGUGGCGAGAACGGCUUCGUGUGUCAUCACAGGAGUUCAAACACACUGGAUGUCAACCGCACUGCUUAUGACAUCUUCUCCUUGCUCUUCAGUGACGGAGCAUACCACAUUAAAACCAUUUACCAUUUGGCUUCCCCUGCAGGUGGAGAUGGAAAGUUCUGGUAUGUGUCGAGCAGUGACCUGGUUUGCUCGGACGGGGAUGAGCCUGAGGACUUCACCCUACAGCUCCAGGAGCACGGCCGGCUGGCCAUCAGGGGAAAUAACGGCCUCUAUCUCCAUGGCGACAAUGAUGGCACGUUGAAGUGUGAUGCAGCUUGCGUGGACAGUGCAUCUCUGUGGGAAUACUGA